AUGGUGCCAGAUGCUGGAUGCCGCCGCCGCCGCCGCCGCCGCCGCCGGCCCUCGUUCUGGCCGAGCAGGGACGGCGCCCGCUUGGGCCUGCUGGGGGCGCUCAUCCUGCUGUACCUGCUCUGUGGCGCGGCCAUCUUCUCUGCCCUGGAGUACCGCGCUGAGCUGCAGGCGCGGCGCCGUUGGGACGAGCGCCUGGCCAACUUUGGCCGGCGGCACGGCGUGGGCCCCGGGGCUCUGCGCGGCUUGCUCAAGCUCUACGAGGACACCUACUGGGCCGGGGCUCGCAUCGACCCCGUCUCCCCCCGCUGGGACUUCGCUGGGGCCUUCUACUUUGCUGCCACUACGAUUUCUACCAUUGGGUUCGGGAUGACGAGGCCAGCCACAUCGGGGGGCAAGAUCUUCCUCAUCUUCUACGGGCUGUUUGGCUGUGCGGCCACCAUCCUCUUCUUCAACCUGUUCCUGGAGCGUGUCAUCGGCGUGUUGGUGGAGGCCACGCGGUGGUGCCGCCAGCGAUCAGGGAGCGGAGACGGACUUCCGGAGGGUUGGAAGCCCUCUGUGUGCUCCGUGGCCCUGAUCCUGGGGGUGGUGGUCCUGCUGAUGGUGGGUGGGGCCUCCAUGCUUUUCUCCGCUCUGGAGGGGUGGGGCUACCUGGAGUCCCUCUACUUCUGCUUUGUGGCCUUCAGCACCGUUGGCUUUGGGGACCUGGUGAGUGGCCAGAGGGAAGGGAGCUGGGCCUACGGGGUCUACCGGCUGGGGAACUGCCUCCUCAUCCUCGCGGGCAUCUGCUGCCUCUGCUCACUCCUCAACAUCAUCUCCAUCCUCAUCAAGCAAUCGCUCGACUGGAUCCUGAGUCACCUGUGCCCCGCCCCUGGCCCGCUCCCUUUCGGGCUCUGUGGUUGCCCACCCUUUCUAUGCGGCAACCCCUCACCCAUCUGGCCCUGCUGCGGAGACAGGGCCGUACACCCCGCCCCCUCGCCUGUGGCCCAGGGCAGGGGCCUGCAUGCGGACGUCUCCGUGGAUACCGUGUGCAACAGCAGAACGGAUGUCGGUGGACGUCGGCUCUCGGGGGAGAUGAUCUCGGCGAGGCACUUCCUGGCCGCCGUUAUUCAGAAAGCCCCCCAGCAGAGCCACGCCCGUCAGACAGGCUUCAUGGAGGAUGUGGGAGCCCUCGCUGUCAUGAGCAACCGACUGCAAGAGACCAGCGCUAACAGGCCUCUCUUCACAUCUGUAUGGACUUACUGCUGCAUGGAGACCAGCACUAACAGGUAGUUACUGCCUUACCUGAACCCUACUCUGUUCCAUCAAGAAAAGAUGACCCAACGCCACAAAAUGCUCACUCUCAGCACACCACAGGUGGGUGGUCACAGACAAACCUGGUUUCUCAGAGGGCAGUGCAGGGCUGCAAUGCAUUUAAUGUUCCCAGGGAGGGCCAUAUCCGUUCCUGGACGUCGUGCCAACUUCUGGCCUUCAUUAUUUAAUUAGUCCUAACAUUUACCCCAAUCUGGCAUUUUAGUGACUUUUCUAAAUAAGCACAUGAGUGACAGCCAAAAGCUGUUCUUGUGUCGCCAUGUGAAAUGAUUCACUGUGGCCUACAAGUUAAUCAGUGUUGAUGUAUACAGCCAAUUAGCUAAAUUUAACCAGGGUAAUUGGUGGAAACAAAAACACACCAGCUUCCAGGACCAGAAUUGCACACCCCUGCCCUAAAUGAACACACAUUUUCCCACAAUUUCAUUUUGGAAGAUUGGCUGCACGUGCCAUUUGCUACAGCAUGAGGGACAAUGAGAGACUGUAACUCAGGCAAUAACGGAGAAACAUGCAAUAAAUUAGCCUUUUAUCCCUUUGGAAACCAGAGUUAAUUUUUCUUUCCUGUUUAUACGGAAAAUGUUUUAAUGCUUCUGACAUGCGAACAAUGCCUGUGGUUUUGAAAGUAAAUGGUAGAGGAGUCAUGUAAAGGUUUUCCUGUUGAAUGAAUUACGGUGUGAUUCAUUGCCUCCAUUCAUGGUUCCUGUUGCACAGUUACAAACCAAUGUUACUCAAUCCCUCUGAAACGUGAACAGGCCUCUCUUCACAUCUGUAUGGACUUACUGCUGCAUGGAGCCACAUCAGAGACUUCUAAGGCGGAAACCCAUGGAGCCUGAGAUUUACAUUGCCUGAGUCUAAGCCUUUCCUAAACUUGGGACAUCUGAGAUUUAAAAUAAAUGAAUAAAUUUAGAGGUAUGCUUACAGAGAAAGGUGGCAUUGUUUGAGCCCACCUGGGGGACAGAGGAGCUGCUGAACUGAUUGGCUUGUGCUGCAGUAACGGCGCCCUGUGAUAUAUUGGCGGCCUGUCCAGGGUGUAUUCCUGCCUCUCACCCAAUACAUGCUGGGAUAGGCUCCAGCACCCCCCGCGAACCUGCCCAGGAUAAGCGAGUAUAGAUAAUGGAUGGAUGGGUGGAUGGAUGCAGUAAUAAUGGCCAUCAAGUCUGGAGAAAUGGCCUUAAAAAGCCCUGGAUGAAAUAUUACUGGACAGGCAGGACCAACGCACAGACUAAUGUACAGUGACAGAUUUAUAAGGGAGGAGGAGGACCUGGCCAACACUAAGUUUAAUGCUGCUUAUUUUAUUUCUCAUACGUUUCUGUUUUCAAGCAUUAUGAACAGUAAAAUAAACCGAAGACUGUUAUG